CGCAUGCGUUCUCAAACUAAACACAAAAUGGCUACCAAUAUAUAAAGUGUGUCCCAACUGUGUUAAAUUUGGUAUUUUACAGAGUCAUUUGACUAUAAAACUAAUGUCCAAGUACCAUGGAUAGCGGAGAUUCUUUGAUAGACCCAGAAGCUGAAGUUCGCAAACUCCAAGAUCUAGUCAAAAAGCUUGAAAAGCAAAAUGAAGUGCUUCGUUCUAGACAAAAAAACAAUUCAGAAAAUGUACAGAACGGUGAAAUUGAACACGGAAAGUUGACUUUGCAUCACAAUAACAAUAUUCCCGACACUUUAAAUCUCAAGAACCAACCUGCCGAAUCAGGAGAUGAUUCUGAAUUGGUCGAUAUCGAAAAUCUUUCAAUGAAAGAUGAAGAAGACAGUUGGUUAUACUCAUCUCCAAAACCUCCAACGCCUUUACAGAACAGAGUUAGUCCAUACAAAUGGGUUAGAAAGGAAUUUGAGCACCCUAGUCCUGAGGUGGAAUCUGUGAAGAGAUCCCUUGUUUUCAAACUUGAUGAAGCUGCUAGAAUGAGUAGGAGUUGUAGUACACCAGUAUUUGGAAGUUACAGUACACCAAAAAGUUAUACGAAGAUGAGUCAUUCUGCUGAUAGUACACCUGUAUAUAAUAAUAAACCUGUCAUCAGGAAAUCAUUGGCAACUUAUGGGAGUAAUAUUGGAAUGGGCAAAAACGUUGAUACUGGAACAUUUACCAGACCUAAACGAACCAGACCUCAAGUAAAUGAUAUGCCAUCAGAUCCUGCAAAGCUUCCAGAGGAAACAGACAGUACAGACAGUAAAAAUCAUCCAAAUGUUUCAGAUAUAGAAAAUUUAGCUAAAUUACAAGAAGAGAGUUUGCGGCAAAGUAUGUCACAGUCUUCACCAAGAAGAGCCCCAAAACCACGGCAGAUUCCUCAAUCUGUUAAUACAGAAAAUGAUAACCAUGUGGGAAAUAGAUGUAGCCCAAACAAAUUUGACGGUGAGAGACAUUUAAGUCAGAGUAAUAGUUUAGGUUCUGAUGCCAGUAGUCCUCCAGACAGUCCACAUGCUAGUAGUCAGUAUUUAAAUAAUUAUAAUAAUAAUCAAGAAAAUCCAGGUUUAAGAAGAAGUUACCAAAAUGUUUCAAGAUUACCACAGACAUCUGGACAAUAUGGAAGUGACCCUUAUCUAGACAAUUAUUCCUCUGGCGGUAGUGAUGAAUAUGAACAAACUGUAUCUCCAAAAGUGCGUCAAUAUUCACGCCUUCAAGCACCCGGUCGACCAGGAUCACCGAAUGUUAGUGGUUUAAGACAGCCUAGUCCUAGAGGGCCUUCACCUCAAAGAACUGGUCUUCCAACACCAUCUAGACGGACUAUACCACGGCCUGGAAAUAGCAAGCUUGCAACUCCUGUCAGAAGAAGUGGAUUACCUGCCCCUAGAUCAGCGUCUUCUUCUCGUCAUGAUGACAGUUGGAAAGAAGGAUGUUUUUGAUGUAGAUAUUUCCCAAAUGGCAUUUAUUUAUUGUUUAAUAAUGCUCAAGGCUGUAUUAUAAAACCUUUAAGGAGGAUAUAAGGCUUAGCUAUUAUAAAUCAUCAAAUAUUUUGCAGAAGAUUUUGAGCAGAAGUGUUCAUUUAUCUUACGUUAGAUUAAAUUACAUACUAGUAUACAGUGAUAAAGUUACAGUCUAGUUUGAUAGGUUUCAUAGGGAAAUUAAUGACAAUCAAUCCUGUAAUUGAUAGGCACUAAUUAGAAGGAAAAACUGUAUGCAGGUGCCCUAUAAUACAUUGGUCUUAUAACACCAAGGUUAAAACUAUAAGUUUCCCAGGAGGAAGGAAUGAAACUGUCUCCAUUUAUAGUUUGUUAUGAAAGAUUUAUCUAUGGGUUGAUUCUUUUUAUAGGACUUAAAAGAAACUCUUUGGACAUGUUGGAUAAGUUAAAAAAAGUUUCCUGGACAGUAACUUCAAACUUGACAUUUCUUUACAUUGAAAAUAAAUGUAUAUUAAAUCUAUUAUUUUUAAACAACAGAAAAAAAAUAAACGUAUAUAAUUUUAUGAUUAAUUAAUUUGAUGAAAUAACCUAAAAGGACUACCUACAUGAAAUUUGAAUUGAAUCUAACCCAUAUAUAGAGCACAUUGAUUGAAUAAUAUGAUUUUGUUUAGUGGUAAAUAUUUUUACACCAUACUAACCAAUUCACUGAAUGUCAGUUCUUCACGGUAUUAUAUAUAUGGUCAUGUCACUGUUUUAUUUCUAAAUGAAAAACAUUUUGGUCAUUUAUUUAGAUGAUCUGAGUCAUACUGUGAUAAAAACUGUAUGUUGUCCAAGUAUUCAACUUUGACCUUGAACUUAAGGUGCUAUAUUAUUUUCUUAUUAAAUUUUACAUGUUUCCUAUUUUUUGUUGGACAUGUCUGAUCUUGUGAAAUGUUUGUUCCUUAGCUUGUUUAUAUUUAAUUUGAACUUCUCAUUAUGUAUUUACUUAGGCCAAAACAAAUAUUAGCUUUUCAGGCACCCAUACAUGUUCCCAAUGCAUGUCACAUCAGCAGUUAUCAGCACAAUCCUUGAAUUCUUCAUUCCCUAUACCUGUACUCUUGUUUUUACAAAUGAAAUUUUGACAUAGGUUUAAAACAAAAUGUUCAUGUUGAACAUGAUUAACUAAUAUUAAAAAAAACAUGGUAUCAAAAAUAAAAUAUAAUGAGCCUCCCUACCUCAUCAAUGUUUGUUUUGUGAAUGAUUCAAGAUACUUAAAAAUUUAGUGUAAUUGAUUAAGCAAUGUUUUAAAAGCAGGCAAUACAAGAAUUUAUUCAAAAAAAGAACCUCUCUAUCUCAACCAUAUUAUUCACAUUUUGUCUUUUUCUUUUUUGAACAAAAUAUCCUGAUCUGGUCAGAAAUUGACUAGAAAAAACUUAACACGAAAUAAAGUGUGUGAGAAAAUAUGUGUUCUCUUUUUUACCCCUAAAAUGAUUUUUUUUAACCGUCUUGCUGUGUUUUAGAACAUAAUUAUUGAUAUUAAAGAUAAAACAAAUCCAUUUGAUCAUACUCUACUAAUCAGUAGGAUUGUUCAAAUAUCUCAUAAAGUGCUAUUUAUUAUUAAUGCUAUUCCAUAAAAAUGGAUGAGGGAGGGAAGGAAGAGACUUUCAAAAUACACCUAAAAACUAACACACCGUCUUUAAGAAGUUGUACAUACAUCAAACGGACAAACAGGUACAACCAUAAAGACCCACUCCAUGUCUAAAAAUGAAUUAUUGCCCUCCCCCAUUCACUUAAAUGGAAUAGCCUGAAGUAUAAUAACAUCAAACAUUCACAUAUACUAUGUACUAAACCAUUUUAUAUAUCAUUCAUGUGUCCUUGUUCAAAAAUGUAUGAAUGAAGUUUUGAAAGGGAACUUGGAUAUUUUUUGUGUGUUUGUCCCCCCCCCCCCCCCCCCCCCAGAAUUUCAAUUAUAUAUAUAAACAGUAAAAAAUACAGAAAAAAACAAUAGAUUAUUAUGAUUAAAGAUAAAUUUUAUAUUGAAUCUGUCAUUUGAAUUAAAGGCACAUAAUAAGAAGGUUAUAUGAAUGUAGAAGAUUUACUAAACAGAAAGUGUUCUGCAAAAGGUUCAAAAGAAAUCAUUUUACUGAUAAGCAUGAUAAGUAAUGGUCUUGGGCUUCAUUGUUUGAAUUUUGUAAGGGAUGACGUACAGUGUAUAUGUUAUACUUAUUUUAUCAACCAUAACCAAUUAUAUAGAUUUUUAUAGUAUGUGUUUUUCAUUAUACAAGUUUUAAAGUUGAGUCAUAUGAAGACUGGAGAGAGAUAUAUAUGUAAAUUAUUUGAACUUGCCAAUGUAUGGAAGUAUAAAAGUGCCACAGAUGUGUUAGUGAAUAUGUUAUUUCACCAUUUAGAUUAUUACGUGAUACAACUGUAAGUGUUAAUCUGAAAAUUGGGAAUGAAUAAGAAAGAAACUAUUCAAAAACUACAAUCAAAGCACAAAAUUCUCAAUAUUAUAAGUAAAACACCAGCAAUGAUUUAGAUAUGACAAAAGACUAAAAUUGAUGACAUUUUUUUUCACAAGCAAAGGAAAUCUAGAUUUGUUUAUGUGGAGAUAAUUAUACAAGAUGAUUGGCCUUAUGUUUAAGAAUUAAAAUAUAAAUAUAUCUAGUCAAGAGGUUUUGAAUUUUUAUCUAUAUUCUUGAAAGAACCGACCUUUACACAAUAUAUUACUGGUAAUGAUGGCACUAUCAGCUUUCCAUACCAAACUAUAUUUACAGUAUGAACGAUAUAUCUAUGCUUGGAAUUUGUAUAACUGGAAAUGGAACCCUGACCUCAAAUUACUAUUUUUGUACUUUUUAUCUGAUUUGUAGUAGUUUAUUACUAUUAUUGUGUAUAAUUUUGUUAAAAGUUAAGUUUAAGUUAAUGUAUUUAGUUGUUGUAGUAGAAAAGUUAUUUUUGUAUAUUUAGUUAUAAUUGGAUUGGUGAAAUUACAUUUAUACAUAAACACCAAAUUGUGAUAAGUUUUCAUAAUAUCUUCAUGCUUCUUUUAAUAUGUUGCAUACUACAUGUACUAGUAGCCAUUAGUUCUCAACCAUAUAUAAAGCUGAAGUAAAAUAGCUGUCAUUUCCAGUUCUUGGUAUCAUUAUGUCUUAGUCAAAUGGUAAUUACUGUCCUUUAUGUUCUUUUUGCAUAAUUAGCACAAAACUUAUGUAAUGUAUUUUUGCAUUAUCAAACAUUUCCUCUUUUCCAUGGGACAGUUCCCAAGAUUCAUCCUGGGUCACACACUUUACCAUGCCUUCGUUAUAAGAAUUGAUGUUUUUCUCCUAACAUUCAUUAGAUACUUGCUUAUAGAUGUUAAUCAAACAAAAAUCUAUUAAUUUCAAAUUUGAACUAGUAAUAGGUUUAUAUUUCUGAUGUAUUUAUUUAUGUAUUAGUUAUAAUCAGACUUAACAUUCUUUUGUUUUGGACAUUAGGCUUAUUCCAUUAACUAAAGUUGGUACCAAGGGAAAGCACUGUGAAAGAGGAGUAACUAAUGGAACUAUUUUUGAGACAUACAUUUUGAACUUACCAUUACUUAUUCAAUAUAGCUUUGUUCUUCAAAACCAAUUCAUAACAACAAGAAAACAUUGCAGCCUACUGUACAACCAAUUUUUGAACCAGAUAGUUACUGGAAAUGAUGGGUUUUUUCUCAGUGCAACAUUUGGUUGAGAACUGCUGUUCUACUAGCAGAUGCUAGAAUUACAUAUAUAAAUGUUUUCUUCAAUAGCUUUUUUGCAGUCCAUAUAAUGAGGGGUAGGUGGCCUUGCAAUGAAACAUAAAAGAGAAUGUAGUUUUUAAUGCAUUGUUCAAACACUUAUUUGUUGUGGAAUGUUCUAUGUAUUAUUUUGUUAAGCUGUAGGAAAUAAUGGCCGUAAAACAUCAAUUCUAUGCAUAUUUGUGUUUUGUGUUACAUGUUUAUGUCAUUGUAGUAAAAAUGUUUUAUACAUAAACUAUUUGAAAUAUUACUAGGAAAAAAAAUAUGAAGAUUCAUGAGAUCACUUUUUUUCUAUCCUUUACAGCAACAGAAUGAACUUCACAAUAAUUAAUAAUUGAAUAUUGUUUUAUUGGAUAAAACAAAUCUUCUCAAACAUGUUAAGUCCUCAAUAGCUUAUGCUAACAUAGAUUUCUGAAUUUUAUAUUAAUUAGCAGAUUCCUCUUUCAUGAAUGUGGGCCUUUAUUAUCUUGCUUAUGUUUAAGUGGAGGAUUAUGUUUCAAAUAAUUUGUAGAAAUUUAUAUGUAUGUUUAAUUCAUAUUGAUUGAAAGACAUGAAAGAAAGAAUAUGAGCUAUAAUUUUCACCAGAAAAUGUGCAAGUCUGUGUAAUGAGUAUUAUAUAUAUAUAUAUACAUAUAUGUGUGUGUAAAUUUACACCAAUACAUCAUUUAUAUAAGGCUCUGUAAUGUAGGCAAUUCCUAGGAGUUAAAAGAUAUGAAUAGAUAUAUUUAUUGUGAUAGCAGCCCAUCAACAAAUAACCUAACAUCGAAAUUAGAAAUUGGGGUAUUACUUUGCAUAUAUAUAAGAGAGUUUAUCAAAUUGUUAAGAUGAAAUACCAAUUAUACACUCGCUCUCUAAGUGGGGGAUUUAUUGCAAUAACCUUGUCCAUCCGGCUGUUCAUUCAUCCAUAGACUGUCAUUUAGUCAGACAAGUCUUACAUCAUCAGUUUAGUUUAAUUCAGAUUGAGCCACUACUGUAUUUUCCAUCAAACAUAUUAAAUGGUCAAAACAUCAGCAAUAAUAUGUUAUUAGAAGGGAGAUUCAUUUACCAAAGCUAUAAAACAUUGAAUUUCUAUGAACUUGUAAAAAUUGAUUGCUUUGCAUUGGAAGACAUAAAUAGAUGUAGAAUAAGAGAUCAAUUGAUUCCAAUGUUCUAUGGAAAAGAACUUAUGUUAAUUAAAGUAUCAAAUGUAUUGAUAAAGUAAGUCUCUUUAUACAUAAGUGGCGAUUAGUAACCUUAGUCAUGCUUUGCUAUGUUGCUAUGUUGCAGAUAUCUUCAGCAAACCACUAAAUAUCAGUUUGCUUAGCUUUCCAUAUUUUUACUGAAAUAUUAAUCUUUGAUGCUGAUUGUUUUCAUUUAGGUCUUGUUAACUUUUGCCUUUCGUUUCAUUGUCCAUGAAUUUUAUUUCGAAACAAGAUACUUUUAAGUGCUAUGCUAUAGAAGUCGGUAAAAAUUUUGAUUAUGUACUUAAGUUAUUAUCUUUUUACUGGCCAAAAAAUUGAUACUAUAUUGUCAUAGGAUAGAACAAUUAUUUAUUUAGUAUAAUCAAUGAUUAAGUAAUUACUGUUCAACCCAUGACCACAUCAAAGAUAAUGAAAACCAGAGUUUGGCAUUGUGGGUACGGUAAUAUAAUAUUACCCAGAUGACAAGGGGAAGAACUGAAAAACCAAACUUCCGAAACUUUGGUAACAAAGAUUCCAAAGUUUGUUACAACAAACAGUAAAUUUACUGAAAUGAUGAGGGGAGGGGGGGAAUAUACUUCUAUUAUUUCUUUUUGGACAAAUGCCUACAUUACAGAUACUGAACUUGGUUCCCAAAAAUGCUAGAAACAAAACUUGAUGCCUAUUAAUAUGUGUGCAAAAUUUAAAGAAAUCAAAAAUGAUGCCUGUAUUUAAAAAAAAAAUCAAUUUAUCAUAUGUUUUAUCUAACUGAAGAAGUAUUUGGCAAGAACUAGAAGAUUCUCGUUUAUUGCACGAAAGUUUUGUCAAUCUUGAUUUUACGUUUAGAGUAAAAUAUUUGUUAAUGCAAUUUUUUUCCAAAUGCUUAUACUUUCAUCUUGAAUAACUUGUUAAAUAUUUGUUUCCUAUUUGAACCUACCAAUCACAUAACUGCUUAGAGUAAUUCUAAGUUCACAAUAUUUUACAGUUAUAUUAUGGAGUAUUAGAAUAUCUUGUGAGUAACCCAAACAGAAAGGGUUUUACUUUCUAUGUAGCUUGAUGGAAUCACGGUUAUAUUGAAUAUGUUGUGGUGUUGGUCUUGUACACACAUUGAUCUCCAGUGUCUGUCAUUAUGUAUCCUUGUUAUAUGAACAAUCAUGAGAAAAAUGUGUUAUCUGUUAAAAGAUAAUAAUAAAAAUGCUGAAAUAUA